AUGUGGGUGGUCUGGAAAGGAACUCAAAUCUGGAAGAAAACAGGAGCCAUCUAUGAGGGGGACUGGAAGUUUGGAAAGCGAGAUGGUUAUGGCACCCUCAGCCUUCCUGACCCCGAGACAGGAAAGUACAAGAGAGUAUACUCAGGCUGGUGGAAAGGCGAUAAGAAAUGGGGCUAUGGCAUCCGGUUUUUCGGACCCAAGGAGUAUUACGAGGGCGAGUGGAGUGACAACCAGCGUGGCGGGUGGGGCCGCAUGUACUACAGCAACGGUAGCGUCUACGAGGGACAGUGGUGUAAUGACAAGCCAGAAGGGGAGGGCAUGCUGAGGCUGAAGAACAGAAACCGCUAUGAGGGCCAGUGGCAGAGAGGCAUGAAGAAUGGGCCAGGGCGCUUCUUCCACUUGGACCAUGGCCAGCUGUUUGAGGGCUUCUGGGUGGACGAUGUGGCUAAGUGUGGCACAAUGAUCGACUUUGGCCGUGACGAGGCCCCUGAGCCCACCAAGUUCCCCAUACCUGAGAUCAAGAUUCUGGACCCCGAUGGUGUGCUGGAGGAAGCGCUGGCCAUGUUCAGGAAGACAGAGGAGGAUGAAGAUUGAUGCCAGAAAGAACACAUAUGCUUUAGGGGAGAUUCAACUUGUGCCGCCCAACUGCUCAGACCAGAGACUCCAGGCACACCCCUGGCACCCUCAGAGGACCUCACUCUCCUGGCACCAGAUCACUUCGCCCAAAAGAUGCCAGGGCCUUUCUCCCCAGCUGGCCCUGGGGACCCUCUGGUAGUGACUUUUGUUUCAGUACUGAGCUGGUCCCAAGUGCAUGACAAUAAAGAAGAACCUGGUGGCAUUCUC